GAAAACCAUAGAGGGACUUACGCCACAGUGCGGUGAUGACCACUGCGAUUUAAAGAAAAGUACUUCAACAUUUCGACGGGCAAGGGGAGCAGUGUGUGGGGGAGGAGCUGAUGAGGUGAAGAAAGCCGUAGGAGGCCACUGUGGUUCAGCUGCUAUCUGUUGGCCUUGACCCUGAGUGACCUCUGCUGCCUACUUUCUCCCUCAUUACUUCAAGAGGAGACCGGGCUCCCUCUGGGUGCACGAAACACCAUGUGCCAAAACUGGAGAGGACUUACCACUGCCCCGUAGACCGCCAAACCUCUUGUGAACCUUCCCCAGUCUAAGGACCCUAAUUCUCCAGAUUGCCCACUGGCCAGGAUGAAGAAGGUGGCCGCAUGGUCAGCAGAGGACGUCUCUGACUGGUUGAGCAAAGAGGGGAUGCCGGAGUACAUAGACGCCCUCCGUCAGGCGGACGGCCCCGCUUUGCUCAGGCUCAACGGGGCAGAUUUCCAGAGGCCUCCCAUCUCGCUGGUUUCCUCUGAUGGCGGCCAGCAGCUGCUGGAGCGACUGGAGACACUGCGGAUGGAGACGCACAUCGAGGCUCACAAAAAUGGCCACGCGAAUGGGCAUGCCGGUGGGCUACCUAACGGAACUAGCAAGCCUCAGAGGAAUGGCAUGUCGGGGAUGAUGAUGGAGAUGGUCCAGAUCCCCAUCCCCACAGUAGAAACUACGCGCACCUCAUUCCCCAUCGAGUGGGGGAAGACGGGCAUAGCGUUCGCCUACGCGGUGGUGUGCUUCGUUACCACCACUGUUGUCAUUUCAGUGGUUCACGAGAGAGUACCACCAAAGGAGCACACCCCACCACUACCGGAUAAGUUCUUCGACCUGUUUGACAGGGUGGAGUGGGCCUUCUCCAUCUGUGAGAUUAACGGCGUGCUGCUGGUGCUUCUCUGGCUGAUACAGUGGAUUCUACUCAAGCACAGGUCAAUUAUAGGCAGGCGGUUCUUUUUCAUUGUGGGCACACUCUAUCUGUACCGGUGUAUUACAAUGUACAUCACCACUCUGCCUGUUCCAGGGAUGCACUUCAAAUGCUCUCCAAAGCUUCUCGGGAACUGGGAGGUACAGAUGAGGAGAAUAAUGAAGAUGAUUGCUGGCGGGGGCCUAUCCAUCACAGGUUCCCACACCAUGUGUGGAGAUUACCUGUAUAGUGGCCACACCGUCAUGUUAACUCUGACGUACCUCUUCAUCAAAGAGUAUUCUCCCAAGCGGUUCUGGUGGUACCACUGGAUUUGUUGGAGCUUGAGCGCUGUAGGGAUUUUCUGCAUCCUUCUGGCCCAUGACCACUACACUGUGGAUGUGGUGGUUGCAUACUUCAUCACGACACGCCUCUUUUGGUGGUACCACACUUUGGCAAACCAGCAGUCGCUGAAGGAGACGUCACAGAGUAACCUGUUCUCCCGCGUGUGGUGGUACAGACUGUUCCAAUAUUUUGAGGAGAACGUCAACGGCACGGUCCCUCGCAACUAUCAGCCGCCGUUGUCAUUGCGGUCGUUGCAUUGGAACCGCGGCGUGAAGUACAGCAAACUGGACAUCCAGUGACCCCUUAUCAUGUCAAAAGCAAGCAAGGACUAAAACUUCUAUAAGUGCUGUUUUUACCCAUGGAAGGUGGCACUGUUAAACGUAGCGCUGUCCUCCCACCUCUAUUAACAGACACAUCCCUGUCCUAAUGGGUAGCACUGUGACCCACCUUGUUUCUCUUUUUGUUUUCCUUUUUUUUUUGUUUUCUCUUGUCUUUCUCUCCUGGUGGUAUUGCCGACACAGAGCACUAAUUUAUAUUUGUUUUGUCUUUUCCUCUUCGUGGGCCACACAAACAGUUUAUGAAGCAUUUCGACAAACUUCUAAAACUCAAAGAAUUUUUUUGGGCCACAAGGACUCAAAACUUUUUUUUUUUCCCUCUCUGCACAAAACCAUAGUUCAUGUCCUCAUGUUCUUACAAGAUUUUUAGUGCAAAUAGUGUCAAUCAUUUGAUAACCAAAAUGCCAUAUGCAUUUUUUUUUUGUUUUUCUUUUCUUUUUAUAGCAAAUUACUUUUUGUAAACUGUCCUUGCUAAAAUGAGUCAAAGGUGCAAAAAAUAUUUUUCUUUUUUUUUUAGUAUCUCAAACUUUAUUUUUCAAAAACAAAUGAUGUCCAACUAAAAGAUUUUUAGAUUUUUACCUUUUUCAAGAUGGAUAACUGCGAGCAUAAGAAUAUAAUGUGGUAUACCAUAAUUCCAGUGCCUUUCUAGCUUGAUUGUAAAACAGUUCAAGUACUAUGUGUCUUGUGUCUCUCUGCUGCGGGUGUGACCACGCCGCGGUACUUAGUUAACAGUCGCGUUCCCAUGAAUGUAAAAAAAAAAACAAAAAAACAACUACGCCAGCCUUACCAGAAGAUUGGUUUUCACAAAAUUAAGUGCAGUGAGUGAAAUGUCCCGUUUAUUUAUUGAUGCUUUAAGAUGUCAGUUUGUGCUUAGUUGGAUAAUGCUGUUCUAGCAGGAAAAAAAAUGACUGUUAAGUGUUUUUUCUUUCUGUCCAUAACAUUUAAUCCUUACCAAUCAGUCUUUAACCAACACCAGCCAUGUUCAGAGCCUGAUCAUCGAUGCUAAGCUGUCUGGUGGUUUUACUUUCCACCACUACAUUAUUUGCUAAACGUCACUGCCGGAUUGGAAAUCGGAGAAGACGUGUCUCUAAGGUGCAGAGUUAAGUUAUUCUGGACCUGGACAUGUCUUGUGCAUUGUUGCAGUGUCUCUUGUUCCCCACUUUGAGUCCCAUUUUGAAAUCAGAUUCACCCUCAUUACUGCCUGGUCUUGUAACCUUUGUGGUGGUGGUGAGAUCUAGAGGAAAAAAUGUUCAAUGUCAACACUCGUAUUGAGUUUAGGGAAUCUCAAAGUUGGGGGAAAAAAGAACAGAGGCUUCAGAGAAAGUUUCUGAGCAUGUCUGUAAUGAGUCUGUGUGUGUACUUUGUGUGGUUCGUCACACUCAUCAUGGAGCUUGUAUGUGGGGAAGAAGAUAAAGCAUGAAGCACAGAGCUGGUGACGUAUUUCACCACAUGUGUGCAGGAUAACAUUGAUUUCCAUUAAUGUGAAAAUGCGUCUUUAUCGAUAUCCUAAUCAUGUACAUGUAGACUUUUUUUUGGUCCUUUUUUUUUUUGCAUUUCUUUGUGUAACUAUGACUGAACUAUAAAGAUUAAGUAUUGCACAAGUUCGUCUAUAGGGAAAGAUUUAACGUUUUUGUGAAACUUUAAUUUCAAAUUUAACUGAUAAGCUUUGAUGAAGAGAAACUGCACUAAGCUUUAGAUUAUACAAAUCCCAAAUAAAUGAUAACGAUGAUGUGAUUGAUUUCUUUAAACAUUGUCUAAAGAAGGUGGUGAUAAAAUAUUAUUUCCAAUUUAUGAAGCCAAAACCUUUCAAUCUCAUCAAGAGUCUCGUUGUUUGAGACAAACGACCUGUAGCAUUGUCCGAUCAUUUCACUUAAACAAAGAACGCUUUCUAGGUUUCUAAGAGCACAGAAGGUUCCUCAUGUUCAGACAUAAUUUGAUUUGAGCUGAUGUUUUAAGUAACAGUCCAAACACUGCUCUCUAAUAAUGUUUUAGGGGUUUGAUAAGGAAGAAAAGAGUUAAUGUUUGUCUUCUUGUUUGCCAAUCAAGUUGGAUUUAUUUUUUCAACGUUUGUUAUCCUCGUAUGUUCCUCUGUAAACUUCUCACCAACGUCGUCCCAAUUUGUGUGUAUACCAGAUAUUUGUAAGAUAUGAUAAAGGAUUGUACUUGGGACGCUUUUGAAUAAAACCUUUUACUAAAAUGUA